GCAACUGCAACUACUUACGGGAAAGAGUUUUUGUCGCAAAUUUUUGAUUUGGUGCUAGCAACUUCUGUGUAGUACUAUCGAAAUAAAGACAUCACCAUGGCCACCUCGCGCAAACGAAAACGGCCGGCGCGCACCGUUCGCCUCGUGCAAGAAUUACGACGCCGACGGCGUAAAGAACCGGAGCUCCAGUGCGUGAAUUUUUGUCGGGAUUUAUUCUAAAGACAAGCCAAAGCUUGACCAAGACAUGAAAGCUCCAGGAGUUGUACUAGCACAACCCUCUGGACAAGGUGGUGGCUCAGGUGGAGCCAUGGCACCAACACCGAUGAAGCCCAGCUUCGCCCAGUCGCUGUCCAAGGACCAGCGGCAGCGAUUGGAGCGGGCUUAUUUGGUGGUUUUUCUGCUGUUUUUCCCCAUCUUGUUCUUCAUCAUCGUGCUGGUUACGUCAGAAUCCACGACCCUUGCGACCUGGAUUUUUGUCAUCCUCACCUGCUGGCUGCUGUUUCUCAGUGUGUAUCUGGUGUACAAAAAGCACCGCGUGCAGGAGAAAUUUGAGGCGGAGAAAAACGCGUUUUUGCGAAAACUGAAGCUGAAAGACGACUUCUACGAGGAGAGGGUAAAGGAUUUGGAAACGCAGCUGGAGGAGAUCGCGGAAGGAAAUGAGGAGCACCGGGAACAAAUGCAGGACGACUCGGAGGUCGAUUCUGCGCUCGAAGACGACAAUUUCCGUCGGGGAAGAACCAUGAAAAACAAAAAAGCGAAGAACCUGCGGAAAAAUCAGCAAAACUUCGUCCCCGAUGAGGACCAGUCUUCCGAUGUUAGCUCGGAGACGAGCGGGCGGGCGUUUGAGCGGGGACUGCGGGGAAGGAAUCCUUUUCAAAACGAUCACGCUGGUGGCCCUGGUUCGCAAGCCGCGCAGCAGCAGCAGGAGAAACUGGAGCAGGAAAACACCGAGUUGAGAAAGCAACUGGAAACGCUCGAGUUGAUCAAGGAAACGCUCGAGACAGAGCUGGUAUGCAUUGCAAAAGUAUCGUACUCGUAUAAAUGCAUUACAAAUUUCCUCAGUAUGGGAUAAUAAAAUUUGUAAUGCGGAUUUACCUUAAGACCAAGAUUUGUAAUGCAUGUUUGCAAUUACUACGAGCGCGAUACUUUUGCACAGCACAGCUUGUGGAGCUCAACAACGAGUUGGAAGAGAAGGACGCGCAGUUGGCCGCGGGCGGUUCCUCCUCCGCUGGCGUUUUGUCGCCGGAGCAGAAUGAUGAAAGGGGAGGCGGUUAUGACCACGACCUGAGUGCCAGGCGAGUAACCUCCGGAGCCGGAUCUACUACUUCGCCGGCGAUGCAGCUCACGGACGAGGGGGGAAAUAAAGGAAAAGGUGCUGCAGAGCAAAACGCCGAAGUAGAGUUGCAGCUUCUCCGCGAGGAAUUGCAGGCGACGACCCAGGAGAGAGAGACCGCCGUGGCGGAGCUGGAGAUGGAACUGCAGAAUAAAUCAAUGAAGUACGAAAACAUGCUUAGCGAGAAGGAAAAUAUUUUGCAGGACCUGCGGUUGCGAGUCCAAGAGUUGGAGGAAGAAAAUGAAGAAGCGACUCGGUUCAAAACCGCAGUGCUGCAAUUUGAAGAGGAAAACGAGAGGUUGAAGUCGAAGGUGAAAGAGCUGGAGCUCCAGGCGCAAUUUACCAGCAGAAAUAAUAUGACAAUGAACAAAUCUUCGCCCGCGACAAGGGCAGCAGCUGCGCAAGAGCGCAAUCCAAAUGAUAGCCACUCUUUCGAAGAGGACGACGACUUCCACGAAGGCCCCUCGGUCGCGUUUGGCACGAGCGUGCUGGCGCCGGUCGAGAAGAGCCCGCGGUUGGAAGAUUUGCACCGUAUUCAGGAGUUGGAGCUGUUACUCGAGGAAACCAAGGCGGAGCUGGCGAAUAGUAUCAAAAAUGUCGGAGGGGGCAUCAAGAACAGCACUUCUCCAGGGGGUGAGCCAGGAGCUGGUGAUCAUCAUCUUGUUCUCGAUCAUCCGCCCACCAGUCCUGCUAGAAGUACAACAUCAACCAAGAGCCUCCAACACCUGGAUAGUGUGAUGAAGCGGCAGUACCAGCGGAAAAUCACGGAAUUGCUGAACGAGGUCGAGGCGAGCGAGAAAAGGCACGAGGAGUUCCGUCGGGAGUGCGAAAUGAGAACGGCUGAGCUGGAGCAUAUCAAAUGUAAAAAUGUCUGGGUCUGGAAGAAUGCAACUUGUCAUGCUAAAUCUGAAGCAUGCAAAAAUCUGUGUUGCGUGAUUACCAAAAAUCGUCCAGUUUUGACCAAGUCGGGAGGGAUUUUCUCAUGCAGGAUAGGCAUGAGAGACAUCGCACAGAAUCUGUCACGCUAGGUCCUGCAUUCCAGACCUCAUGGGUCAUGGAAAAGCUGCGUGACAAAUCGCGCAUUCCUCCAGACCCAGACACUUUUACAUUUGAUAAAGCAGGAUUUCAUGCGAAAAUUAACGGAACUGGAGAUGAGGGGCAGGGGUAUCCAGCAGAGCAGUUCUACACACCAGCAACUCGAAGAACCCCAUCUCGGGUCGAGCGGUCAGCCGCCGAGAUUCACGAAAAGGUCGACCACGGCGAUUUUUGCGGUGCUGGACAGCGGCGAGAAGGAGAGCUCCAACUCUGAGGAGGGAGAAGGUGCAGCGCCAGAGGGAGAAGGCCGCGGGGACGAGAUGAACAAUCUUCUGUCCGAGAGCAACAGUUCCUCGCUCGGGUUUUCCAUUUCCGGUGGAGCGCUGGCUGAGGGUCGUGUUGCAGGAGUAGCCCCGGGUGGACGAGCAGACAGUGAUCAAAACACACAGCUGCAAGAGCUGCAACCUGGCAGUGCAAACCCAAAUCCUCCGUCCUCACCAGCUUCCCCGACGAAUUUCGAGCAGCUCCGGUUUGAGGAAGCACUCAGCCAGCAACAACGCCGGAUCUUCCAGCUGACAAAUGACUUGUCGAUUCUGAAAACGUAUCAACUGCAAAAAUGUCUGGGUCUGGAAGAGUGCAUGUUUGUCAUGCUUGUCUGGCAUGACCCUUAAAUCUGUCAUGCACGUUACCCAAAAGCGCCAUUUUUCUGUCAUGCAGAGCCGCAGUUUGUCAUGCAGAAUAGGCAGCACCGACCUAGGAGCUCAGAAACUUGUCAUGCUGAGCCAGCAUUCGUAGCCUCAUCAUGAGAAGCCACCCAGCAUCACAAGUUUCGAGACCCAGACAUUUUUGCAGUUGAUAAAACGAGACUGCAGCAGAAGGAGGACUUGCUUUUGGAAAAUGAGCAAGAAUUCUUCAAGGAACUGCAGGAGAUGGAGAAUGUGAAGCAAGAAGAGAUUUUCAAGACCGAGCGCACUUUCGAAACGAAGAUUGCAUUGCUGACCGACUCGGUGCGGAACAAGUCUGACGAGGUGAAGGAAGUGGAAUCGCGGCUGUUCAAGCAGAGCGAGGAAAUCGUCAAGCUGAAAUUGCUAUGCUUUGCAAAUAUGUCUGGAUCUUCUGGAAAGUUGUGAUGCUAAUGUCCGAAUAGUACGCAACCUGUAUUAGGGAGGCACGCAUGCCAAGAUUCAGAGCGGCUAUGUCUAGCGUGAACCUCCGCAUGACAAAUGGCCUUUUUGCAUGACAAGCAAUAACAAGUGGCACUGUAGCGCACCAAGCAUGGCAGAUCUUUCUGUCUCGUCGCCCAAGCAUGGCAGCCUUGCAUUUUUCCAGCCCCAGACAUACUAUUUGCAAUGCAUAAUUGCAGAUAGAAGAAAUGAAGGAGACCUACAACACCAGCUCCUUCCUCGAUGUAUAACCUGCUCAGGUGUUACAAUCUCAAACGUUACAAUAGAAUCUGAAAUCUGUGUUGCAUGAAGUGCAUUAUCUAGCCAACUCCCAUAGGAUUGCGCAUGACAAGUUCUGGAGUCCCAAUCCGCGCUACACUCUAACGAGAUUUGUAUUGCAGAAAGUGGAACGCUGUCCGAGUCUGUCAUGCUCAUCAUGCCACCCAGACUCUAUUGGAACGUUUGAGAUUGUAACGUUUGAGCAGGUCAUACGAUGUGGGCGCGGUUUCCGCCGCCGCUGGUGGCGUGAUGAACACAAGUGUACUAGUCGCGGGUGCAGCGGUAUCCAAGAAAAAAACUGUGUAAGUGUAAAUCUGUGAUGUAGAAAAUGCAAAACAGUUACACUUGUCAUGCUCGACAUGCAUGAUCGGCUCGCUUCCUGUGUGUUUUCCCUUCCUAUCUGCGCAUCACAAGUUUUUCCUGUCAUGGCAGACAGACCUGUGAUGCUGUUUUCCCAAAAGACUUGCACUGACAAAGCUUUUUCCUUGCAUAAGCGGGCGGCGCGGCGCCUGUCAACAGAGUCCAGCCUCCCCAAACCUCUCCUCACGGUAGUUCGGCAAUAUUUUCAAAUCGGAGCAAAAGCAAUUUCCUCACGGUAGACGUUUCGCAGCAGUCCGAUGCUGUAGUUCCCCCUCACUCCCCGAAGUACGAGGCCGACCGCUUGGCCUUCCAGCGCAUGUGUGAAUCCAUUGGGAUGCCCGUCUCGCCCAGUCGUCCCUCCUCGCCGUCGGGCAGUCCAAAACACGCCGGCAGGGGAGUGAGAAGCACAGGUCGUGGGAGCAAUAGCUUGAUUCCGCCGAACACCUCCUCUAGCGAGGAAGAGGCCGGGCUAUUACUAGAGGAGUCACUCUUUGGCGAUAGCGCUGGGAAUGCAACUGCGGUUGGAACUACGGAAACUUAUGGAGGACGUGGCCAGGAUCUCCUGCAAGUCGAGUCCGCGCUGCUGUGGUACUACUACAAGCGCAACUCUCUCACCGAGGGGUCGCUUAUGCAUGAUCGCAAAAGUACUUGUAAAUCGCACCAACAUGGUAUUCUGCAUGUGCAAGGGGGCAGCACGGCCACAGGAGAUCUAGCACGUUAGUACUCUUUUUGUAUUAAACCUACAUUUGCGUAGUUUUGAAUACAUGCACAUGCAGUUUACCCUAGAUCUAGAAGUGCGAUAUUACAUCUUUUGCGAUCUGCAUGUCGUUCGUGAAGGGGCCCUUUUUCCGGCGGGAGAUGAAGAACUUGCAAAAAAGCUUGGACGAUUUCUACCACCCUGACACGCUGGUGAAAAUCAACACAGUUAUUUCAUCCUCCUCCUCAUCAUCCAGCACCACGCAGAAAGGCGGUGUCGGCAGCCCGAGGGCCACUGCUGGAAUUCGUAGUAGCAGUGCCGUAAGUCAACAUCUGUUUACCGAGCAGUCCUCUUUUCUCUCCAUCACGCGGGUCUUCCCCGAUACGGAAUCCUAUGCCGCCGCAUUCAAGGACGAUAAUAACGACCGUCUGAGCUUCGACGUGGCGUUUGCGGAAGAGGAAAAGCUGCACCAAAAACGGGACCAGGAACUGCAGCUGCAGAAUUUGUUGCCGAGCGUCUCUAGUAGUACAACUCCUGGCGUGCUGUUUCCGGAACAAAGUAAGGAUCGGGCGGGGUUUGACACGACCCAAAGUCAAAUCAAUGCGGCGGAACUCCACGUAUGAAUUGCAAAUGUGAUGUAGUGUGGGUCUGGAAGAUUGUCAUGCAGGUUUAUUCAUUUUCAUCGGAAGAUGCGGAUGUGCCAAGAAGAAGUCUGGAAUUCAGUAGGACCUAGCAUCACAGAUUCAUCUCCAAAGCGUUUGCAUUGCCUGUCCUGCAUGAGAAGCGUCGUCUUUGCUUGGCCAAAAAUCGGCACCGCGCAACGCAGAUUUCUCCGUGACGCACAGGACGCAUGACAAGCGAGCCCAGACCCAAAGUGAAGAUAUUUGCAUUUGAUACCACUCCGGGGCCGCCACGAGCCAGGACGAGUCUUCCUCCGAGAGUCGGGACAACAGCGGGAGCCUUCAUGCCCUCGGUGCGACGAAAAAUUCUAGUUCUGCGAAGCACACAGUGCAAAUCAAGUCGCACGAGCUGCUGCACCGGAGCCAGUAGGAAGUGUAAAAGCAUCGAGCUAGAAGUACUAAUAAUUGCACUACAUAUUUUUAGCUCAGCAUGAUGACAAAAUGGAUUUUGCCAUGUUGAUUUAGUUCAGGAACAAGGAGAUUUGUAGUGCAUGGCUGCGAUUACUAGUACAUCGGAUGCUUUCGCACAGGAUAGGCAACAGAUCCAGAAUUUGGAAACGCGGGUGCUGUUGCAGAAUGCGGCGCUGGUGAAAGCGAGGGGAUUCCUGCGCCGGCACGAUGUGAAAUUGCGGGAUAUCAAAUGCAAAUAUGUCUGGGUCUGGAAGACUGCAACUUUGUCAUGCUUGUCUGGCAUGACUCAUAAAUCUGUAAUGCAUGAGCAGGAUAAUGGCCUCUUGCCUGUCAUGCAAAAACGCAAUUUGCCAUGCAGAAAACGAAACUGUAGUUGAAAAAUUUGUCAUGCUUGGCUGCGUAUUGCAGUCCGCCCACCAGUCACAUUUUAGCAUCACAAGUUUCCAGACCCAGACAUUUUUGCAUUUGAUACGGGAAGUAGUCGAGCAAAAAAACGCGGUGAUGGCAAGCGAACGGAUAUUACAAUGAAAAAUGUCCCCUCUCCAUAUCAAAGCAGAAAUCUGUGAUGCAGAUUUGUGGCCACAAAUCAGCUUUGUGAUGCUAGAGGGCAAAAGAUGCGGACUGUAGUGCUGUCGAGCGUGGGAAAGCCUUGCAGCUCCAGGAUGACAGGAGGCAACUGGAAGUGGGAAACAGCAUGACAGAUUGCCUGCAAUUUAGGCCGCAGCUUCGUCUCUUGGCCUUCUAGCAAUACAAGUUGAUUUGUGUACUCAAAUACAGCAUCACAAAUUCGCGCAUCUUCCGUUUCCGAUAUGGGGUGGGGGCUUUUUUCACUUUGAUAACGGAAAGAGUUUGCGGACCAGCUGGCGCAGAGUGACAGGGAGAAACAAGAGGCGGAGGCGCAGGUGGAAGAAGUCAAAAGGAGGGAGAAAGAAGGUAGUUAUAGCUGUAUAGGCUUUUUUGCGCCGUUUAUGUGUAUAGCGAGAUGUUGGUGUUACGAAGAAGUACUUACUGUACCCCUCCUGGUGAGAACAAGGGAUCGCGUUUCUGCUGUUCUGUCCCCCAUGACCACUGGCGUCAUUUCGUUUCCAUAUGAUUAAUUGAAAUUGAGCCUCUGCGUUUUCCUUGAAAUAUUUUGAAAAUGGGGAAAAAACCACUUGAAAAAAUUACCAGCCCUGCUCCUUCUCGAUGCCUUUGCCGCGUCAAAGCUGGACGACCCUGACCACUUGGAGAAGAGCACCACAGAGGAGGAGGGGGAGGAGGGCAGUUUUUCUGUUCUGAGUAGCGCAAGAAGUUGCACUUCGGAAGGUGACGGUACGACACUGGAGAAAAUUCUGUUCGCUACCAAGAAGCUAUCAUACCAAAAAGUGUCAACGUUAACGGAAUUUGGCAUGCAGGAAUGCACGAGAAAUGUAUGAUGCCCCAAGUUGUAUUGCAUAGCAUGCAUGAUAGCGAAAAUUUGUCAUGUAUGACUGCAAUGCCCCAAAGCCGUUAACGUUAACACUUUUUUGGUUGAGAGUGGCAGCUAGAAGGACUGGCGGUGAAGUUUCCCGCCAGGACGGGAGGGCCGGCAGCAACUACAACAUCAGUGCAGCACGCGCACAAAGCCACCGUCGACCGUUUUGUGGCUGCGCUAGAGGAGAAGUUCGCUGUGGUUCAGGACGAUGAUUAUCCGGAGCAGAUGCAGAACAUGUCUGGGCAAGAGCACGAGGGUGCCGGGAGUCCGCUAGUAGAACAGGAGGGAGUGCAGCAGCAGCAGCAGCAGCCUUCAACGUUCUUGCCGAGUGAAAACAGUACGAGGGGAAAGCCCUACUCCCCGUCCCCAGAUAGGGGAAAUUUCGUGUGAAGAGCAGGGAAGAACCGACGAGUCUACCGCGCAUGCUUUCAGGUUGCGAAUAAAAGAAAGCGCCCCAUCGGUCGCGUUUCAUACCGGCUAAUAAGUUGAUAUCAUAGGGCAGUGGUGUCGUGCUCUGUGCUAAAUUUUUCCAAGCGAAUGAACCGCAGGUAU